AUGUUUUCCUUCUUUUUCGUUGCAUUCGCGCAGUUCCUGCUUCCGGCCACAACCCUCUCGAUUGCAGUCCGCGCCACCGACUGUGGUGGUAUUGCCAGCGGUUCUGUGUACACAGCUAGGGGCACAUCUUUCCUCGUUGAAGCCGAUGCCGUUAAAUCCUUCAACAACCUCGGGGACCCUUCCUUUGGCAGCUCCUUCGUGGACUGCAUGACGAGGUGCGCCACAACCGACGGCUGCACAGAUCUGUCCUUCACAAGCGGGGGGACCUGCUACCUCAAGCAAGGUGCCGUGAAUGGAGUCAUCUCCACCGAAACUGGAACCUGCGACGCUAAAGUCGUGCCAUCACCAAGCUCUUCGUCCAUCCCAACUUCCACAUGCGCCGCUGUCACAGUCACUGCGUCCGCCGCCACCGCAACCACAACAACUACCGCCACAUCCACCGUGACCGUCUCGCCGGCUGCCGCGACGUCCUCAGCCCCGACAUCCUGCCCAACCAACGCCUUCUCCAACCCCAGCUUCGAGGACUUCACGAACGGCUACUUAGCGAGCUGGAUCGUGAUCCCGUCAACCUGCUCCGACAACAUGGGGCUUAAGUCCAUCGAAACCGCCGCAGCAUCAGACGGCUCCGAAGUCCUCAGCGUGCAGACUGUCGUCUCAAACAGUGACCACCGGCUGCUCCAAAGCGCGCUGCUGUGCCCGGGCACGAUCUACAAACUUUCCUUUGACGCCCGCCGCGUCUCGCCCGCGGCCAACACGCUAAGCAUCGGGGUGUCAGCGGUGACGAUUGUCGGGGCGGCAGUGAACCGGCAGACGAUGUUUACCCAGGAAGUCAGUUCGGAUGCGUGGGCCACGUUUACGAGUGAGGGGUACGUUGUUGUGCCGGCGGGUAGUGCACCCGUGCAAGUUGGUGUGGUCAUUAAUGUCAAUUUCAUCGCCGAUAUAGGCAGCACGGCGACGAAGGAAAUGUGGAUUGAUAACUUGAAGCUUUUCCCGGUUACCUUGUAA